UCCCUUCUCUGCUGCUUGUGAUCAUCUUCCCUAGAGCAUCAUGCGGGGUUCCAUUCUGCUACAGGUCUCCUUGCUCCUUUGCCUUGUGGGAUGCAGUCUUCAAGGAGGGACAGGAGCCGUGCAGUCACCGGUUUCCUCACCUCUAGCAGUGAAGGCAGGGGGGAGAUAUCCCCAAUUUGGACCUCAGGGCUACCAGCAGGGCUACCAGCAGGGCCCAACAGGUAUUCGCAAUGGAUAUGAAGCGGGUUAUGGUGUUAAAGCUGGGAAACCAGCCGCCGGUAGCCUCGGGGUACUCCCUGCAGGGAAACAAAAGCCAGGUUAUGGAAAUGGACGUUACCCCAGCAACUUCCAACAGCAAGGAAUUGGGGCCAAACCUUCCAAAGCAGGUUAUGGCCAACCAGUGGGUGGAGUGAGGGGCAUUGGAGCCCAACCUGGUUAUGGAAAUGGACUUUACCCAAGUAACCUCCAACAGCAAGGAAUUGGAGGAAAACCCCCCAAAGCAGGUUAUGGUGCCCCAGCUGGUGGUUUGCCCAAUGUCGGAGUCCAACCUGGUUAUGGAAAUGGUCUUUACCCAAGUAACGUCCAGCAGCCAGGAAUUGGAGGAAAACCACCCAAAGCAGGAUAUGGCUCCCCAGCUGGAGUUCUGCCCGGUGCUGGCGUUCAGCCCGGUUUCUUAAAUGGAGCUGGACGUUUCCCUAGUAACAUCCAACAGCCAGGAUUUGGAUCAAAACCCUCCAAAGCAGGUUAUGGACCUGGGAAUUACCCACGAUUUGGAGCUCAAGCAGGCUACGGGGCUAAGGCAUCCAAAGCAGGUCUUGGGUCAAAGCCGUCUAAAGCAGGUGCUUUCCAGCAGCCCUACCCCAGUGGCCUUGGGUCAAAGCCUUCCAAAGCAGGAUACCCACAAGGAGUAGGAAAUUACCCAAGCAACAUCCCUCAGCAAGGUGCUUUUCAGCAGCCGUACCCCGGUGGCCCUCAGGAGUACAUACAGGGAGCAGCUGGUUACCCCAAUACCUACCCACAGCAAGGAUUGGGGGCCAAGCCAUCUAAAGCAGGUGCCUACCAGCAGCCCUACCCUAAUGUUGCUGGAGGAUACCCACAACCCAUAGGAAAUUACCCAAGCAGCAUCCAACAGCAAGGUCUGGGGGCCAAGCCAUCUAAAGCAGGUGCCUAUCAGCAGCAGCCCUACCCCAACAGUGCCUAUCAGCAGCAGCCCUACCCCAACGGUUUGAAUAACUUUCUGGGCAAUGGAAAGGGACAAGGAGUCAAGUCUCCCUAUGGCUCUCUGGGUGCCCUGGGAAAGAGCUCCAAGCAAGGUGCCCUUGGCAAGUUUCCAUACAAGUCACAGCCCCUCCCUGCCGAUGCCCUUGGAUAUGACUCAAAAUCCCUAAAAAACAGUGGCGCUCAGUUGCCCUUUGCUUCCCAGGCUGGUUACCCCGACCCCGCUUCUGUUAAAUAUGGUGGUGGACCAGUUCCUUAUGGCCCUCAGGGCGCCUACCCCGAUCCUUCAGCUAUUAAAUACGGUGGUGUCCCUCAGUACCCUGAAACAGCAUCAUCUCCAAUCAGUACACUGGAAGAGGACCUGAGCCAAAAUGUUCCUCUAGAAGGAACACAGCUAAUCGCAGCGGGGCCUACUACCCCCCCGACCACGCAAGCUUCGCCCAGCACCCUGAAACAGAAAGCCUAUAAAGUCCCAGAAGAACAGGCAGCUUAUAGAUUCUAUGGCACUGGAUACCAAGGCUGCGCUGAGUGCUAAGCUCUGAAGUCCAACAUUUGUCCUUGGAUUGGAUGUUUUUGUGGGUUGGGGUGUAUAUAGGGGAGGGUUUGCAGAGGAUUAAUCAAUAAAAAUAAGUAAAAUGUCAA